AUGGCCGCCUUACUUCUCACAGCCGUUUUCGGCACGGCAGUUAGAGCCCUAGCCUUGGAGUCGACUAUACCCCGACCGACAGAGGCCUCAAUACCAGACCCAACACUUCAGUUGCCAGAGAUCACGGAACCACCCAGUCCAUCCGUUGUAAAAGAAUUGUUGAGGCGAGCCGAUGUCGAGACCGUCCUGGUAGCCCCAGAUAAUACUUGCGGUUACGUGAGCGGGCUCCUUGGCGCUGCUUAUACUUGCGGCAAUACGAAUGGCUACUGUGCCUUCAUCACCACCGCUGCCUUUGGUGCUGUGGCCUGUUGCAACAGUGGAGGAUGCGAUUUCCGUACCGACUGCCGGGACAGGGAGCAGAUCUCCGACGGCGACUGUGGUAAUGGAUGUAUGAACGAUAUAUAUACCGUGAAAUGCUCGGAGGCUUCCCUCCCCUAUUGCGGAACCAUCAGGUUCUCAAGCAGCAUCACCGACUACUUUUGCCAUUCACUCAGCUAUUCGACUCCAAUGAACGCUCUGACAACAUGGAUUGGCGAGGCGGACGGCCGGAAGUAUUCGCAGGUGGUCGUUACCCUGAGUUCUGAUGCCCUUACUUCCGUCGGCACAUCGGCUCGAGGAUCAGGAAGCGCCACAGCAACAGGUGCCAGUGGCUCUUCAGGAAGCUCUUCAGGCGACUCAUCCGGCGGCUCAUCCGGUAGCAGCAGCGGCGGCAGCGGCGGAGGCUCCUCAACCAACAUCGGUGCUAUCGUCGGUGGUGCGGUUGGCGGUGUGGCGGUCCUGGCACUGAUCGGGUUUGGAAUCUGGUUCUUAGUCAGACGGAGCAACAAGAACAAGGCGGCGGCGGUGGCGCCACCACCAGGCCCAGCACCAUAUCCCCAGAUGCAGCAGUCGCCUCCGCCUGGCGGUCCCUCGCCUGGCCCCAUGGGCGUGGCGGGACACCAAUCAGUAUACAACCCGCAGUACCCUCAACAGCCGGGUCAGCAGUACCCAUCGCCAGAAGGAUACAUGUCGCCUGGUGCCGGGUAUUUCCCCAACCAGGAGAAGCCUGGAGACCCGUACAUCACACACGCCUCCGUCCAGCCGUCGAGCCCGGUGUCGCAGGUCACCGAUCCCAGGAUGAGCAUCCAGCCAUCGAGCCCAACAUCCACCGUCAACUCGUUCCAACCGCAGCACACUGGCGGCUACCAAGCGCCGACGCCAACGGUGCCUUCCACGGUCUACGAGGCUGGAGGCGAUGCGGUCGGCACCCAAGGGCCCAAUGCCAAUCACCGUGGGCAGUUCCAUGAGCUGAGUUGA